AUUGUUUUUUUAACUUCACAUUAGAUUUAAUAUAAACAUUUUCUGCAAGUUAUAGGUUCGAACUUUAACUUUUAUUAUCAAAUUGCCGUUAGGCAUACUUUAUCCUUUUGUACUAAUGGACUAAAAAAACACCUGCAUUAAAUCCAUUUGAUCGACAACAAACUGAACAACAUCCGCAUUUAAAAAGUCAUAUGAAUCGUCUACAAACCAUGUGCCAAGUACGGUAUACCCCACCAACGUCCUAGCAUUUAUACGGUUAGUUACAUUCGAACGACCCAUCUAACCUCUUAGGGAUAUAUUUUUAAAACUUGUGCUUCUAUUGUCGCGAAGUCUGUCGUUUCAGCCUAGUUUUAGUGAACUGACUAUUGAAAUUCCACCAAGAUGGUUUUGAAUGUUAUGAUACAGUUAUGUAAGAUCACCAGAGCGAGUAAAUUAUUUCAAAGGAAUUUUUACUUGCCGUUACUCAAGCCUUUAUCCCCUAAGGAUGCCCUCAGAAGACACAUCAUCACAGGUAAGGAUGUGCUGUCGAAAAGACUUGAACACUGGAUACCGGUAUUCGAGGAGUAUGCUGCGAGGGUCCUAAGACGAAAAUAUACCCCCAAAGGGAAAGGGAAAAAGCGACAACGAAAAAAAGAUUCCAUGAAAUAUGUAACACCUUUUUUUGACGACGAAAUGGACUAUCACACGAAACUUCAACACACCGUCAACUCUAAACCAAAAGGCCGUGGCCAAUGCUAUACAUAUUUUAUUCCCGAGAAACGAUGCACCCUUGUGCUGACCCAUCAAAUGGAACGCUGCGUCAGGGAGAAGGCUAUAGUUGAUAUUUUAAUUUCCCUACGUCACGAGAAAAUUCUCGUAAAAAUGAAGGAUGGGACGAAAAUCGUCAUGCCCUUGGUAGCGUACGACGGCAGGGCACCGCUCUACAGAGGCGAGGGCUGGACGAGGAAAGAGCUGGAAGAGUUUCAUCAUCACGGCAGGGAAACCACUUUUCCCAUUUCGCAACUUUUCGAAGCGAAAGAAUCUGGCGUGGAAGAAUGGGAACUGGAAAUGAUGCGAAUGGCGAAUAAAAGGAAAAAGAAAAUGAAAGGCGAAGGCACAGAGGAUUGGAAAGCAAUGUUGGCGGCCACUGCCGAAUCGAUGGAUUGGGACGCUUUCGAAGAAGAGACGAAGCAAAUUGUCGAAGAAGCUAAUGACCCAGUUGAUGAUGAACCUAUAACGAUGGCUCUCGAAAACAUUGACAAAACAGUUAACGUUAACGAGAAACUAAAAGACGCAGGAGAUGAGGUUAUGUCUAUGUUACCUAUCAUACCAGAAAUUCCCGAGCUUAUAAAAGUAUUGAAAGAUCAAAGUGAUUUAACUGAUAUCGCCAACGUGUCGGGCGUCAUCGUGUCAUUAAGUGAUGAAAAACAAAGAUUUGUUCCCGGUCAAAUGGUCACGUCAGAAGACGGAGAUUUGUUCGUGCCCGGUCAAACGACCGUUAUGGAAUCGGGCGAGAAGGAAUACACGCCAGGAUUUACCGUACUGUUAGAUAACGAACCUACUCUCAUUCCCGGACUGGUAAUGGGCGACGAUCCAAAUAAGGCGAUGUUUUUGCCAGGGGAGUCGACUAUAACAGAGUCCGGCGAAUUACAGUUCACCGAGACAGAGGAUGACGUAGUUAGGCGUUCACCUACCCCACCUUUCGAGAAGGAAGUGGAAGAAGUCGAGCUAGACGAGGUCCAAAAUAGCGAAGAUGAGGAGAUUGAAAUGAAACCGCCCCCUAAACGAGAAAAGAAGGAGUUCAUUUACGAGCGGCCUAAGCGCGAGUACGCAACCGAAAACAUGGGUCCGAAACAUCGCGAACGUGCUCCCAAAAAAAUUCAGACCAGUGCCUCGUUACAGGUUACGGACGAUACUGAAGCGAAACGGCCCAUAAUGACAGUAAAUGCUGUGAUUUAUGACCUUCAAGUGCCCACCUUCGAGAAAGACCUAUUGGAACAGGAAAAGGAACGGGUGCAGGCUUUAGUGGAAAAAACGGGAAAAGAGGAAGCGAAAGUCGAGAAAAAACGUCGCGAAAUCAAACAGAGAGCGAAGCAGUUGAUCGAGAACCGACCGAAAGCUCCCAAAUACGAGCCCUUGGAGCCUGUUCGGAAAAGUGAAAAACUUCGAGAAUUCGAACAAAGCAUCAAAAAAGGAAAGUUUUUCGAUAACGAUUACAAAAAGUAUUUAACCAAAGAACGGAAUGAACGGUUCAAUUGGUUGGAAGACUACCAAUACAGAAAUACAUUUGAUACGGUGGGGAUAUUGCGUCACCGUAUAUGGAAGUCUGUCUAUUCUGAACACAAAACAGAAGCAUCAUCGAAAAUGCCGAUCAACGUAAAAAUAUCGCUCUGCAAGAUCACCAGGGCUAGCAAACUGUUUCAGCGAAACUAUUACUUGCCCUUGCUAAAACCCCUGUCGCCUAAAGACGCACUUCGAAGAAAGGUAAUCACGGGUCAAAAUAUACUUGGAGCUAGAAUAGAACAUUAUAUUCCCGUGCUUAAACCACACGAUGAAAAACUCGCCGAGAAAAAAAGAAGAGGCAAAGGGGUGCCAGUAAUAAAGAAAAAGCUCAAACUGCACGACGAUGUAAAAUACGUAGAACCAUUUCUUGACGACGACAUGGAAAAUCAUGACCGGGUUCAACGAAUCCUGGCCCAGAAACCCAGAGGCAGAGGUCAGUAUUACGUUUACGAGGUGACGGAUAAAAAUUGUAACUUGGUUAUCAAUUACCAAAUGGAAAAAGCGCUAAAAGAUAAGGACAUCGUGGAUAUAACGAUGGCGCAACGUAGCGAAAAAAUUCUAGUCAAACUUUCCAACGGUAUGAAAGUGGCGAUUCCGGUAGCCCCUUUUACGAAUGACAGAGUUACCCUCUACCGUGGUAGCGGAUGGACCAAAGAAGUAGUAGAGCAAGAACACCAUCAUGGCAAAGAGACCAUGUCCAUCGCCAAACUCUUCGAAGCCAAAGAAUCGGGCGUCGAAGAAUGGGAACUGGAAAUGAUGAGAAUGGCGAAUAAAAGAAAGAAGAAGAUUAAAGGCGAGGACUCGGCCGAUUGGAAGACAAUGAUGGCGGGCUGCCUAGAAAGCAUGGACUGGGAUCAAUUUGAGGAGGAAACUAAACAGAUUGUCGAAGAGAAAGAAGAAAUCGUGGAAGAGGAGAACAUACCUAUGGAAAUGGACGAUAUGGAAAAAACCAAACAUGUUAACGAAAAGUUGAUUGCCGGUGGCGAGGAGGUGCUGAACCAGUUGCCCACGUUAAUAGAAAUUCCGGACGUCAUCAAAAACUUGGAGUCGGGAGAAAUGGAGGAUUUAGUAAACGUAUCUGGGGCGAGGGUGUCGAUACCACAAGGGAGAGCUUGUUUCGUUCCGGGCCAAAUGGUAAAAUCUGAAGAUAAUGAGGUAUUCAUGCCGGGUCAAACCGUUGAAACAGAAAACGGGACCCCGGAGUACAUCCCCGGAAUAACAGUGUUGAUGGACGGGGAACCUACCCUAAUUCCUGGUCUAGUAAUGGGUGAAGAGGAACAGCCCGCCAUGUUCCUUCCCGGUGAGUCUACUAUUACGCAAGAGGGUCAGCUGAAAUUUGAAGCUACCGAAGAGGAUCUUCCACCUCCACCGCCCAGACCCCGCCGUUCCCUCACUCCCAGUCCCCCACCUUCAUAUCAGCGCAAACCGAGAGAAAUAAAAGAUGAGGAGAUUGUCAUUAAACGUCGAAACUUUGACGAACCUUCGGAGCCGCUAAUUAAAGAAAAGGUCAAAAGGAGGGCGCCGGUAAUAAUGAAAGUCAAGGAAGUAACUCCACCCAGGGAAUCUUUCAGACCUCAGAGGCAGCCGUUGGAAGAUCCUCUGCGGCUUUUGGAAGAAGAACGCAGACUGAGAGACGAGCAGGAAAGGAAAAGAAUGAAGGAAAGGAUGGAGGAGAAAGUAUUAAAAGAAGAGUCGAAGGUAAACAAACUCAGAAUAGAUAUUCGCAAGAAGUGUAAAGAAUUUAAAAUAGAAAAACCGCCGAAAUACGAACCUAUCCAGCCGGUUAAAAAAAGUCAGAAACUGGAAGAACUGGAGUUGAGCAUUAAAAAGGGUACGUUCUUCGACGACGAUAAGACGAAACAGAUCCUAGAGAAGGCGAAGAGCGCGACGAGGAUGUUAAAAUAUCAAGCCGCUUUAGACGCUUACGGGAACAAUUUUAGAAGAUUUUUAAAUACGUCGUUAUUCGAAUUCAUUCAUCGAUCGUGCCUGCUUAAAAAAGUAAAAAAAAAAAUGGUGAACUACGUGCUCUCGUUUUGCAAAAUUACCGGAGCGAGUAAGAUAUUUACUAGAAACUUUUACCUGCCUUUGCUGAAACCGCUGACCCCUAGGGACGCACUGCGCACGCUCAGAAUAACGGGUAAAUGGCUACUGGGGGCAAAAAUCCAGCAUUAUAUUCCGGUACUUUUGAAUCAUAGACAAGAGAGAUCGAAAAGGUCAAAAAAUUAUGGUAAAAGGGAGCAUAAGCGCAUGGAAGAUUUUACUUAUAUGACCCCGUGCAUCGAUCCCGAAAACGAAACCCAAAAAGUAUUAUCUAACAUCCUUCAAAGCAAAAGCGGCACAGACGUUUUCGUAUAUACCGUCGAAGACAAAAAAUACAAUAUAGUAUUCGAAGCCGCCUUUGAAUUGGCAUUAAGGGACGGCGAUAUCGUCGACAUCUUGGUGUCGCAAAAAAACGACAAAAUUCUAGUCAAAAUGAAGGACUUCAAAAAAGUUCCUCUCGAAAUUCAGUAUUACGAGCAAAAUGGCGGGCCCCUUUUUUGCGGGGAGGCCGCAACCACAGAAGAGGAGGAACAAAAUCACCACCACGGCAAGUACACGAUGAGUUUGGCUAAACUGUUCGAAGAUAAGGAAAUGCAAGAAGAAAAAUGGGAGGAGGAACUGAAGAGGAUCAUGAAAAAGAAGAAGCGACACAAAUGGGAAGGCACCAAAGCGUUCAAGGAAAUGAUGAAGCAGAUAAUGAAAAAAUUCGACUGGAAAAAAUUCGAGGAAGAUGCCAAAAAGGUGAUAGACGAGAUCGAGGUUCCGGCCACUGAAAAUCCAAUCGCCAUGGAAAUUGCCGAUCUGCAAAGUACGAAGAACGUUAACGAAGUAAUCGCGCGAAGCGAAGAUUUGCUCGGACAGCUGCCUACCCUUAAGGACAUACCGGAAAUUCUUAAAAACUUGGGCGACGCGACUCUCACGGAAAUCGAAAGCGACCGAUCGAUUAACGGACGGGUUACGGGGGCCAAAGUUAAACUUACUUCGGGCAAGGAAUGUUUUAUCAGCGGACAAAUGGUUCAUACCGAAGAUGGUGACGUUUUCGUACCGGGGCAAACGGUUGAAAAUGAGUUUGGUGACGAAUACGCCCCCGGAAUCACCAUUAAUAUCGACAAUAAACCAACUCUGAUUAACGGUCUAAUCAUGGGAGAUAACGAAAAAGAUCCGUUGUUUUUGCCAACGCAAUCGACAAUUACAUCGGGUGGUCAAUUAACUUUUGCCAGCGAGGUGGAAGAACGACCGCCACCAGAACCGGAGGAACAAAGACAGAAAAGAAGGAGAAAACUCUUGAGAAUUAUAAGUGUCGUACCCGAGGAAGAAAACAACGAUCAAGACGCAAUUAAGGAGUGCAUCGAAGAGGUGAUGAAAGAACAAGGGGUCGAGGACAUGAACAAUAUCGAAAUAAUUGUGGGAAGUGCCGAAAAAUCGAGCAUACCAAGCGACGAAGAAACUGACGAGGUCUCCACGGACUCUACUUUGGACAGUGCGGAACUGAAUACGUCCGAAAUGGAGGAGGUCGACCUGGAAGCGAUUCGUUUGAAACACGAACAGCAACGCUUAGAGUUGGAAAAGUUAAAACAGAUGUUACAGGACGACGGCAUGAACGAUCUAUUGAAUAGCUUAGAGGAAAAAAAGAAGCAGCUGCAGAGAAAACUCGACGAACUCCGCAAGAUAAGUUUAGUGUCCCAAAAUAACCUAAUAUCGUAUGUAAGCGAUAGCGACGCGUUAAAUGCGGCGUCGAGAAUAACUCAAGAAAAUGACACCUUAAAUAAACUUUCCGAAAUACUGAUCGCGAUAACUAGGAGGUCAGCGGCUUUCCGGGAUAAAAAUAGUGUUCGCGUCGAGAACAUUAACAUGGACGUUAACAUCAAACAGACAGAUAUCGAUGUCAAAUUUAACAAGUGCUCCAGUAAAUUGAAGGUUUUGUUUAAGAACGCUUUAGUUGUAGCUAACGACGUUUACAAGAAUAGACCCAAAGACCAGCUUUUAGCACUUCAUUCGGUAGUCGAUAUUAUUUCGGACAUGCUCAAAAAUAACCCCGAAGUGCUUAACGAAUUGCUAUCCCUAAUGCAGACUUCGUCCGAUCGUUUAGAAGUCUGCGACGCGGUAUUGAGGCAGCUAACUUACGACAUUUCCCACACCAAGAUGGCAGCGUUGAAAAACUUAGCUGCGGAAGAUUUAUCGAUAAUGGAUGCGGUCAAAUAUCUAGAUCGCAUUAUCGGCGACGGCCAUAUUAUGAAUUGUUCCUUUACAAAAUUGGUCAAAGUUAGUCCGGGAAUCUUGCAAGAUUUUUCGCAAUUCAUCAAAGCUUCAAUUAAAACGGUCGACUCCGAAGAAAAAUCCGUAGAAGCGCUUCAGGAUUGCAUCGUUAAUUCUGUUAAAACCAUGAUGAGUAACAACCUUGAAGAAUUGUUGGAGAAAAAAGAAAGCACGUUGAGGGAGUUUAUACAGGAAGCACUAAGUUUUGCGAAGGCACUCGAUUUGGACGACAUUGUUGAGAAUCUCUCGCAGCGAAAAACAUCUUUAAACAAUUUGAAGGAUAUUUCCCUAGACAUGAUAAAACGGAUGACGAUUAUACGCCAAUUGGCGGAAAGAGAUUAUUCUUUAAAGACCGCUAUUUCGAGGAUUAAAAAGAAUCCCGAGUGUGCCAAAUCGGAUCCCAGAAUAAGGCAAUUAAUUAGGGAAAGUGCCGUUCUAAUAUCGGAUGAAAAACCGGUAAGAAAUUCGAGAGAAAUCCCAUACGAUCUCAUGAAGAAACAAAAUUUGUUGGCGAUUGAAGAUUUUAUAUUGAAAAGGAUGAGACUGGAUUGUCCCGUGCUAGUAACACGUGGUUCUCUACAAGCUGUAGUUCCAAAGGACGCAUCUAGGGGCGUGUUGGCGGGACGAAUUCCUUUUGUACUAAUUGACGAAUCUGGAGUGACAAAUUUUAAACCAAUGCAUAUGUUAUCCUCCAUUAGUGUGAAUAAAAAUCGCGAAAGAAGAAUCGGGGACUAUUUAAGUGGUGUUCGAGAGAGGUCCAAGUCGAUAUCGGUGGAAAAAGACGAAGCCAAGAACUAUUUGCAGGCAAAAAGCAACGCGCCUGAUGGUCAAUACAUGGGCACUGCCCGUGGCCGGGCGAUGAGUUCGGGUGCCCUUUUUGGGGGCUACGCGGGCCCUCGUUUUUAAAAUCAUGCGGGAAGAGGAACUAGAAGUGGCUCUUAAGGUGGUCAUCGUGGGCAAUGGUGGAGUUGGCAAAUCUAGUAUGAUCCAAAGAUAUUGCAAAGGAACCUUUACCAAGGAUUACAAGAAAACCAUUGGCGUCGACUUCCUUGAACGCCAAAUAGA